CAGCGCAAUGCCAAUCCCCCCUAAGAGGCCUUGCAAGGGUUUGGGAUGGGACUCCGUGAUCUCCGACUGGUGAAGUAACAUAGUAAGGGAUUGUUGAUCGAGGAUACUGUGAGGCCUCCGCUAGCACCUGUUGGGUGGAGAAGAGAAGUUGGAUUUCGGUCGCAUCCGGUCUGCUGAUAAGAUCAAUUGGGGACGCAAUUAACCUUAACCUUGACAAGUCGCCGUGAUGUCGCUCAUCGACCAAACUUCCCGUUCAAAAGCGUCUUCCAAGUCUUCUUCGCGGCGUGCAGAAACUUCCAGAGUAUACGCUCAUCCACUGCCAAUCAUAUUUCCCGAGCCAACAUACAAAUUCAUUGGACUCUCCCUGACACGACCACUCAAUCUUCACUGCACCGCGCUAUUCGACCCUCUCACCCGCUCAGCUUGGGUAUCAAAUCCUGGCGAUGCUACUCUAUUAUGGCAACGCGGAUUCUUUGGGAAAGGUGAUCUUUCCAGGAGUGAGCCCAGUUGGUUAGCGAGACAAAUAAAUGCGAGAAAAAUGAAGGGCAAGGCACUCACAUCCGAAGAGAUCACCGCAAAACGACGUGCAGAGCGCAAGCAAUUCAAACUCGAUCGUGCAAAGGCGAUUGCUGCCGCCGCCGCCGAAGCAGAGACUGCUUUCAAUGAACAAGGUCGCAUUAUCGCGCCUGGUAUUGCGCCGGACGGCACACGGAUAAUACCCUCUGCUGCGACUUGGAAACCAACAUCUGCAUCUGUGGCUUCGGAACGAUCGCCUGAAGACGUCGCACCAGACGACGAGGAAGAGAAUGAGCCGAUACAGGACCUAGAGCAUCUCCAACUCUCGCUUCAAGAGGCCUUUUUCCUUGUCUGGGCACUUGACUGUUUGACAAUCUCAAAUCCCGAGACUAAUGUGUCCUUUACCCUCGCUGAAAUAUGGAAUACAUUCCAAAAUGCUCACGUACCAUCAUUGAUCCCACAACCAAACGCACCAUCGCGUUCGCGGUUCGACAAUCCUUUCCUCGUGUCAUAUGUCGCAUACCACCACUAUCGCUCCCUUGGUUGGGUUGUCAAAAGCGGAAUCAAGUUCUGCGUCGACUACUUGCUGUAUAAACGUGGCCCUGUAUUUCAGCAUGCUGAAUUUGCAAUUGUCGUCAUCCCUACAUAUGAAGACCCCGAAGAUCAGGCAAACUCACCGUUUAAGCUGCAAAAUGCAGAACCAUUUACGUGGUCAUGGCUGAGUACGAUAAACCGGGUAAAUUCUCAAGUUCAAAAGACACUAGUCUUGUCGUACAUCACCAUACCUGCGGAAUCACGGGUAUCUCCAAAAAUUCUCUCUUCACCCGCAUGCUUCGCGCAUUAUUCCGUGCGAGAGGUCGUAUUGAGACGGUUCAUUCCGGCGCGCAUGCGAGACUAGCUGCUCGAGGGGUCCAUUGAAUAUGAACCUCACAGGAGUAACGGAACGUCCAUUACGCUCAGUGACCUUUACGUUACAGGCAAAUCUGGUGGUGACGCGGUAUCCGAUCACAGUAUUAGCCAGAAACUGUCAAAAUGUCCUCUCUUGGCUUUACCACUUGAUAUCGAUGUGCCUCUUCUCGACAAUCUUCG